UUUAGGGUUUUAGAUUCCGUUCCCUUAUUCUGAAGCAUGAAUUCCACAACAAUGGAUACCCAGCCCCCUCCUCCUCCACCAUGUUGGAGCAACAUCCUAAAACAACCACCACCACCACUACAACCACAAGCUCCGACCACCUUUACCGCCGCCGUACCCACGGCGGCGGCAGCAGGUACUGGAGUUCUAGUCGGGAGCUGCAAGUCGACGAAGGGAAUAGCAGUAGCAGUAGUAGACGCAAACGCUAUAAUUCAAGGCGGAGAUAAGAUGAACCAUUCAGCUGACCGGUUCGUAUCGGUACCUGAAGUGUUGAGCGAGAUUCGUGAUCCUAAUUCUCGUCACUCGCUUAAUUUCCUUCCGUUCACUGUUGAUACAAUGGAACCUUCUCCUGAUUCUCUUAAGAAAGUUAUCAGCUUUGCAAGAGCUACUGGUGAUUUGCAAACACUUUCCGAUGUGGAUCUCAAGCUCAUUGCUUUAACUUGCACUUUGGAGGCUCAAUUUCAUGGAACUCAUCAUCUCCGGGAUUGCCCUCCGCCUAUUCACAUGGUUAAUGUGAAAAGGUUGCCAGAGAAGGAGUUACCCGGAUGGGGCUCUAAUGUCCCUAAUCAAGAAGAAUGGGACGCAAUAGAACAUGCAAUGGAUGCUGGAGCAAACUCCAACUCUAGAAUUCUUCCAUUGAAAGAUUUGAGCUUGAAUGUUAUUCCUCUUGAUCAACAAAGUAGAGAUGGUUCAACCUUGAAUGGCGGUGUUUCUCAUUCUGAGGAUCAGCUGGAUGCUGAUGGUGGGUUCGGGAAGCCUAGAAAGUACCUGCCACAGAAAAAAGAGGUAAAAAUUCAAGGUAAGAAGAUGGUUGCCGAUGGAAUUGAUGCAUCACAGGGACAAUAUGAUGAGGAUGGUGAUGAUUGGCGACCCGCUGUGAGCCGAAGUACUCAUAGGAGAUUUCUCAGACGAAAAGCUAGACGUGAAAUGUCUGAGACAUCAUCUAAAAUGGAUGAUAUACAAGAUGAAACUGAAAAUGCAGUAAAUGAAAACCUUGACAACUGUCAAUGUGAUGAUAUCGCUAUGUCCCAUUUACCGGAAGAAAAUCCGGAGGCGAACGGAGAGGGCAGUAAGAUUACUGAAGUAAGAGAUGGUGAAGAAAAUUUGUCUACGAUUUUGAGUCAAAUGCGGCUUGAAGAAGAUUCUGCAAACGCUCUUCAAGAUGACGCAGAUGCAAACAUUUCCCUUAAGGGGCCUGAAUCCAAUGAUGCUAAGCAAGACAGUAAAGAAUCUGAAGAAGAUGAAGGGGAAAAUUUUGACUGUGCUGAUGGAGGAGCGGAAGAUGCAGAGAUGGCCAGCCAGAUGGACGAGAGCAUUGAAACAUCGUUUGUGGAUGAUGACAGCAGCGAACAGAGUUGGAUGUUAAAAUCCUUGUCCGAGUCAAGCGUGGCUUGCGUGACAGGUGAUUUUGCAAUGCAAAAUGUUAUUCUUCAAAUGGGCUUACGCCUUGUGGCACCUGGAGGAAUGCAGAUUCGUGAGCUGCACAGGUGGGUACUGAAAUGCCAUGCCUGCUAUAAAGUGACAACAGAUGUUGGUAGGAUUUUCUGUCCCAAUUGUGGAAAUGGAGGCACUUUACGCAAGGUAGCAGUGACUGUUGGUGAAAAUGGUAUUGUUCUUGCAGCACGCCGACCACGUAUAUCCUUGCGAGGAACGAAGUUUUCCCUGCCUUUACCUCAAGGGGGUAGAGAUGCUGUUACCAAGAACCCGAUAUUACGUGAGGAUCAGCUUCCACAGAAGUUCCUAUAUCCUAAGACGAAAAAGAAGAACAAGCAGGGGGAUGAGAUAUUUACUCCGGACACUCUUUUUCUCCACCAUACUAGUAAGAAGGCUCCUCUGCAGCCUCCUGUUCGCAAAGCACUAGCUGUUUUCAGUGGAAAGAGGAAUCCUAAUGACAAUCAUUAUUCUCGUGCUAAAGUUUGAAUUUUUGAUAUAGCCAUUCUUAUAAGUUCAAAAUUUUGUAUGAGAGAACUGGGUUUUCUAUAUUGGUCCAUUAAAUUAUGGUUGAAAGCUGUGAAGAUUAAUGUGCACUAGAUUUUUUUUUUUUGCGUGUUUUAUGGAUAAUCUCAGUAACAUGAGAUACGGUUUGAUUACAAAUGAAAUUGAGUUUCUGCAUU